AUGCCGGCAAUCCAACUCAAACAAGUAAUGAAGCUUUGGAAGGCCAUAAGUUUCAAUGGAAAAUCUUCUCCUGCUCCCUCAGGUUUCCUUCCUGUUUACAUUGGGUGGAAUCGAACCCGGUUCCUGAUCCCCACCCGCUACCUCAACUUUCCGAUCUUCGCGGCUCUUCUUCGGAAGUCUGGGGAGGAAUUCGGUUUCAAGGCCAACGGAGGCAUAGUGUUGCCGUGUGAUGUUGAGUUCUUCAAAGAGGUCUUGAACUUGCUUCAAAAAGAUGAGAGAAGGUAUGGGAGCCUAGAGGUACCUGAGUUCUUGAAGAGGAUUUCUGAGGUUCGUAAUUUUGAUUAUUCCUCUACGAUGUGCAGCAAGGAAGAUAGCCAUAGUUGCGAUCAUCAUCAGGGAUACUUAAGACCUUUGCUGCAAAAAGCUAGGGCCUGA